CUUUUUCAAUCGGCUGCCAUCCCGCAGAUGAAUAAAUUAUGUGUUUUAUAUUAAUUGUGCAGGGCCGUCUGAAACCUUCCCCUCAGCCAAGCAAUUCGAUCAAAGAAGCCCAGCACCUGCCCAGCACCACCUUUUCCGGCUGCUUUCUUUUCCGGUCACGGGACUAGUCCUCGGUCUUAGUCCGGCUUUAACAGCUGCUGCAGCUACUGCGAUGUGGGGUCGACACUAGCGUUCGCUCUUAUAUAUAACCCUCUAUCUUGCUGCCCACUCUGUCCUGAUCAGUUAUCAGUCAGUCAAUAUCGUCAGUCCACUCACUCCUCCCAUGGCUGACAUCCUCGCGAUCUUCACCGACCCCAAUGGGGUUAAAAACACUCCCUUCGAAAUCACCACUCACCUGAGCGACAUGUCGAUCGACGAAACACAGGCCCUCGCCCUCAAGCUCGUCGACAGUCUUGUUCACCUCAAGGACGAGUCUGGAUCGUUCCGCGUCCCGCUGCCAAACGGAGGAUUCAAAGUUGACUCGAAAUCUUGGAACAACUGGGAAUGGACUCAGGGCGUGGGCCUUUACGGCAUGUGGGUGCUCUUUGAGAUUACUGGCGACGAGUCCGUGCUCGGCCAUAUCAAGGACUGGUUUGCUUUCCAGUUUAAGAAGGGCACGCCUACGAAGAACGUCAACAGCAUGGCGCCUAUGUUGACCCUUGCCUAUCUUUAUGAGCACACUGGCGAGAUCAAGUACAAGGCUUACCUCGAGUCGUGGGCCGAGUUCAUCAUGCACGGCAUCCCUCGCACUGUCGAGCGCGGCAUCCAGCACAUUACCUUCAGACAGGCCAACGAGCAGCAGCUGUGGGAUGACACUCUCAUGAUGUCUGUGCUGCCGCUGGCAAAGAUCGGAGUGCUGCUCAACCGCCCAGAGUACGUCGAGGAGGCCAAGCGCCAGUUCCUGAUUCAUAUCAAGUACCUGGUCGACAGACGCACGGGCCUGUGGUUCCACGGCUGGACAUUCCUAGAACGUCACCACUUUGGCGAGGCAUUGUGGGGACGAGGAAACUCGUGGGUGACGAUUGCCAUUCCAGAGUUCCUCGAGCUGCUGCAGCUGCCGGCGGACGACAACCUGCGCGUGUUUUUGGAGUCGACUCUCGAGCAGCAGGUUGCGGCGUUGAAGAAGUACCAGAGCCCGAGCGGACUGUGGCACACGCUUAUCGACGACGCCGACUCGUACCUCGAGGUGUCUGCCUCUGCCGGGUUCUCCUACGGUAUCCUCAAGGGAGUGCGUCUGGGCUAUCUGAGUGAGGAGUACCGCGAGGUGGGAAUGAAGGGACUCGAGGGGGUGGUCAACAACGUGAACGAGAAGGGUGUGGUGGAGAACGUGAGCUUCGGGACUCCGAUGGGCGCGGACAAAGAGUUUUAUCGCAAGAUCCGACUGACGGCGAUGCCGUACGGUCAGGCGAUGACGCUGCUCAGCGUUGUCGAGCGCCUGCGCCAGUAUUUGUAGGGUUUGGUCAUAGAUAGAGGGUGCGGGGUAAUACAUAGUCUGAUUUUACUACUUUCCCUGAGCCAACGUAGAGAAAGAACAGGUGACGUGGGGGUGGACGCUUAAAUUAUGUUCACUGUUCAGAAGACGUGGG